ACUGCUGCCUGUUACUCCAAUCGACUGCAAUUUCCGCUAACUCUACUCCGAUCAGGCGCUGAAUCCUGCCAUCAUCAACAUGCAUCACCAUUAGUAUUUCCAUCUUAUUUCACACGUUAUGCCACCGGGCUGUGCGUGAUCGAUAUUAUGAUGGGUGUAAUCAAAGUCGCAACUCCGAAAACGGCUCUUACAGAAGAAGAGGCACUGGAUACUGAUGCUGACAUAACCCCUAAGCUCUAUAGUUUACAAAACACCAUCAAAUUCAAAGAUGCACUCAAUUUGCGCCGCUCAGAAAUCGAGAAUCUCAUUCAUCGCCAUCUAGGUAUAUCACAGUCCGAUUUUGUGCUGAGCGAACGUGCGGAAUGGAUAUGUGGCAGCUUCAAUAUCUGUCUGCCAAUCCAUAUCAGCAGCACUCACCAUCUGAAGCUUCCCCAAAGGGCUCUCAUUCGCUUUCCGCUUCCCUUCGGUGUUGGAGAGACCUUUGAUCCCGGGAAUGCUGAUGAAAAGCUACGUUGCGAAGCAGCGACAUAUAUUUGGCUGCAGAGCAACUGCCCUACUAUACCUAUCCCUCGCUUGUUAGGGAUGGGGUUUCCAGGAAUGCAGUCGUUUACAGCGAUCGAAAAUGAAUCCCUAUGGAACCGCAUUGUUUGGUAUGUGCGACGCAGCUUAACAUGGAUGCACGGGAGCACGCUUCCACCUUACUUCGCCCACCAACGCAACUGCCUCUUCGAUCAUGGCUAUCUGCUCAUGGAAUACGUGGAAGAAGGUAGAAUGCUCUCUUCUAGCUGGGCUAAACAUCGUGGGGACGAAAACCGGCAAGGCAAUCUCUAUCGCAGCCUCGCCAAAAUCAUGCUCAGUCUGGCGAGCGUACCACUCCCUCGCAUUGGCUCUUGGACAAUGGACGACCGAGGUGUUAUCUCGCUAACGAAUCGCCCGCUUCUGGACCUCACACUUCUAUGGAGUAGACACCGCAUUCCGACAGACAUACCAAGAAACAUGACUUAUUCUUCCACGCAGCCGUUUGUUCACGACCUGCUUACUCUGCAGGACACUCGCAUGCGCUACCAGCUAAACUCCAUCCUCAGUAUUACUGACGGCUUAUACCAACUUUCAGCGCUUACGGCCUUGCGAAGCCUGAUUUCUCGGUUCUGGGACCACCACACACGCAAUGGUCCCUUCGUUCUUACCCUGGCUGACUUACAUCAAAGCAAUAUUCUUGUCGACGACGAAUGGAACAUUACGCGAUUGAUUGACUUUGAGUUUGCGCCUGUUCGUCCUGUGCAGAUGAAUCAUGUGCCGUAUUGGCUUAGUGACAAAGGCGUCGAUCAACUCGCCGGGCCGGACCUUGAUGAAUACAAAGCCCUCUACGAUGAGUUCCUUACCGUUCUUGAAAGAGAGGAAAUUGAGGGACAGCAUUCCAGCAUGUACAGUCAAAAGCUGCGCGAGGAUUGGGAUACAGGGAGGCUUUGGUUCUCCAUGGCGUUAGGUAGCAUCAAUGCGUUUCCGGCGAUUUUUGAACAGCAUCUCCAGCCGAAGUUUUACACGGAGUUUGAAAUGGACCCUGAGGGAAAAGCAUUAGCGAACCUUUGGGAUACAAACGUUUUCGACUUUAUAGACAAGAAGCUUGAAGACCAGAAAAGGUACAAGGAAGAAGUCCACAAAAUCUUCGCUGAGAUUGGAUUUGUUUGUGAGGGUGAGGAGACGGAGGGCGCUGCGAAUGCGGAAGGUCAAGAAAAGACCGAGACCGGGGCUUGUAAGAGCGAGGAGGAGAAGGAGGUCACUGUGAAUGUAGAAUAUCAAGAGAAGACUGUGACGGGCACUUGUAAGAGUGGGGAAGAGGUUGCUGUGAUUACAGAAGAGCAAGGGAGGACCGCGACUGAGGUUGGUGAGAUCAAGUCAGAGAUCACUGUGAGUGUAGUAGAUCAAGGUGAGACUGCGAUGAAGGCUUGUGAGAGUGCGGAAGACGUUGCUGCAAAUGGUGAAGACCGGGGCGAGACUGGACCGAGUGCUUGUGAAAGUGACUCGGAGAUCGCAGUGAGCGUAGCAAGAGAUCAAGGAGAGUCCUAAUCUUGGAAUCAACCAUCGUAUGGAGAACUAUAUACAUAUACCUAGAGACCAUUUACUUCGUUAUCAUCAGACAUUCCACGACAGCUUGGAGACGAAGUUAUAAAAGCAUAAUAAAGACAUGCCUUC